GUUUGGCCGGGUUCCCACUACGCCGGACCGGCAGAUCUGCCGAAAACCGGACACCGGACAGAGUGUUCACAUUACAUCGGAUCCCGGAAGAAAUUCAGACAGUCCUCAGUUGAAUUUGGACCUGCGCGCACAAUGGACGACGAAAUUGUUGUGUUGUGGUGGUAUCUUAAUAGAAGGCAAAAUAAAAGAAAACAUUGGGUACACCCUAUUUUACGGGAAAGAUUUUCACUUGGAACAUUUGAAACAUUAAUGGGUGAACUUAGAAGAGACGAAUCAAAGUUCUUCAAUUAUUUUCGAAUGACAGCAACCACUUUUGACGAUUUACUGGGACGACUAGACAUAAGAGUACGAGAUACAAGUUUCAGAGAAUGUAUUUGCCCAGAACAAAGAUUAGCCAUAUGUCUAAGAUAUUUAGCUUCAGGAUGUUCAUUCAAAGAAAUACAUUACUCAUACAGAGUAGGCGUUUCGACAAUAAGUAAACUAAUAAAAGAAAUGACCCACGUCAUUUGGGAAAACCUAAAGACAGAUUUCCUUAAGCUGCCUGAUACUGAGAGAGAAUGGGAGGACAUCGCUUCAGGAUUCGAAAGAAAAGCCAACUUUCCUCACUGUCUUGGAGCAGUAGAUGGCAAACAUAUCAGAAUUUUGAAACCAGCCAAGAGUGGUUCUAUGUUCUUUAAUUACAAGGAGUAUUAUUCUUUUGUAUUAAUGGCAGUUGUCGAUUCAGAGUACCGAUUUAUUUUUAUUAGUGUGGGCUCAUUUGGCAAGGAAUGCGAUUCUAGUAUAUUAAAGGAUAGUACAUUUUGGCAAAAGAUCAAUGAUGGUACUUUAAAUGUACCAAAGCCUAGACCGCUUCAUGAAAACUUGCACGAAGAAUUACCGUUUAUACUUGUUGGCGAUGAAGGCUUUGCUUUAACACCUAAUCUCCUACGUCCAUAUGGAGGUACACAUUUGAAUACUGAUAAAAAGAUUUUUAACUAUAGACUAAGUCGAGCAAGAAGGUAUGUUGAGUGCGCUUUUGGUAUUCUGGCAAAUAAGUGGCGAAUAAUCCAUCGAGCUAUAGAUCUCAACGUAGACACAGCAAUUCAAGUAAUUAAAGCUUGUGCAGUCUUACAUAAUUUUGUAAGAGAAAAAGAUGGUAUAAAUUUUGAAAGUUACCAAAAUAUAGAACAUAGACAAGAACAAGAAACUACACCCAUGAAUCGAAAUGUGUCGAGUCGAGGUGGCCCUAAUGCCAACGCUAUACGGACAUCAUUUACUAAUUAUUUUGUUUCAGAUAUUGGUUCCGUUCCGUGGCAGGCAGCAGCUAUAAAAUAAAAUUUAUCAAUGCAUUUACAUUUUAUCAAUAAAACAUUAAAAACUCA